CCGGCGGUUCGCACCUGCUUGCUCGCCCCGGGGUCCAGAGUGGUCAGCGGCGCCCGCGUUUUCUCCGGCGCGCGUUGUGCGCGUCGAGGAAGGAGACGAAUUUCUCUUACAGGGAUUCAGAAGCCGGGGUUUACUACUUAAGAGAUCCUGGAGUGGGGCGGAGGGCCCUUGGCGGAAAGCUGCAGACGCCCGAGCCUGACCGCUUCGGAUUGGGGGUUAUCGCGUAGCCUUCGCGCCGGCGGUCUGUAGUGGGUUUCUGGUCCGGGGUCCGUGGCUUGGGUUGGCCAGACAUUCGCACCCUUUUUCCAGUGGAGAUAGCUUUUAAACAUAACAUAGGUGAUGUAGAAAUGGUCUAUGUAAUUUUCCUCUCCUGGCACCCAGAGGUGGAUGUAAUCAGUCACGUACACAGACGCACGUGUGUUCGUUGGGGCGGACGCCGCGUCACCUCUCUUGGCCCUUCCGCGUUGGGGACCGUGCCCCCGCGCGCGCCGGCACAGAGAUUAAGCCCCGAGAUUUUUCAGGGCUGUUUGUUCUACGAGACCGUGGUACCCUGGUUCGUUCCUCUUUCCUGGCUGGCUCAGAAUUCCUUCUAGAUACCCUGGGGCUGCUCUCCGGAACUCGUCAGCUGAAGCUCCUUUUUCUCACCUGGGCAGGUGGCCCUGGGAGGCGGCGGCCGGGGCCAACCCCCGAAUUCCGGAGGCGACCACCAGGACCUAGCCCGCGGAGGAAGGUCCUGCGAGGAAACCGGCUCGCUCCGCCCCACCUUUUGCAAAAGACUCGGAGCUUGUUCACACUGGUAUGCCAGGUACCAAGAGUAAGAUCACCGAAGGCAGUGAAAUUGAAAUUGGAAGACUGUCAGCCAAGAAAGACUUACUAGAGGAAGGAGAGGAUGGAAAAUAAAGUGAAGCAGUGUUUUGUUGUGUGUAUUUCAGCAGGCCUUCUGCAGUUCAACUAAAAACAUGACUGCUCUUUCUUCCGGGAACUGCUCUUUUCAGUACCAGUUACGUCAAGCAAAUCGGUCCCUAGAUGGUAACUGUCUGCUAUUCUUGAUAAUACUUGGGAAAGUAUUACUAAAUACCCUCACACUAGGAAUGAGAAGAAAAAACACCUGUCACAAUUUUAUGGAGUAUUUUUGCUUUUCACUAGCAUUCAUUGAUUUUUUACUUCUAGUAAACAUUUCCAUUAUAUACUACUACAGAGAUUUUGUAGUUUUAGGCGUUAGGUUUACUAAAUACCACAUCUGCCUAUUUACUCAAAUUAUUUCAUUUACUUACGGUUUUUUGCAUUAUCCGGUUUUCCUGAUAGCUUGUAUAGAUUAUUACCUGAAUUUCUCUAAAACUCCAAAGCUUGCAUUGAAGUGUCAAAAAAUAUUUUAUUUCUUUACAGUAAUUUUAAUUUGGAUUUCAGUCCUUGCUUAUGUUUUGAGGGAUCCAGGUAUCUAUCAAAGCCUGAAGGCACAGAGUGUUUAUUCUUAUCAAUGUCCUUUCUACAUUAGCAUUCAGAGUUACUGGCUGUCAUUUUCUAUGGUGAUGAUUUUAUUUAUGGCUUUUAUAACCUCUUGGUCAGAAGUGAUUGCCUUGGUGCAGGCUGUUAGGAUGACUUCCUAUAUGAAUGAGACUAUCCUAUAUUUUCCCUUUUCUUCCCAUUCUAGUUAUACUCUGAGCUCUAAGAAAACACUCUUGCCCAAGUUCAUUAUCUGUUUUCUCGGUACCUGGCUACCAUUUGUACUACUUCAAGUAAUUAUCCUUCUACUUAAAGUACAGAUUCCAGCAUAUAUUGAGAUGAACAUUCCGUGGUUGUACUUUGUCAAUAGUUUUCUCAUUGCCACAGUUUACUGGUUUAAUUGUCACAAGCUUAAUUUGAGAGACGUUGCAUUACCUGCGGAUCCUUUCGUCAACUGGAAAUGCUGCUUCAUUCCACUUACAAUUCAUAAUCUUGAGCAAAUUGAAAAGCCUAUAUCAAUAAUAAUUUGUUAAUGUUGCCAUGUGAAAACUAAUUCAAACUGACAACUACAAUAAGAAUCAUAAUUUUACAAAUGGGAAAGAAUGAUGACUCCGGACAUACAAAGAUUGAACUGAAACCGCCCCCCCACCCCAUGCCUCCAGCCCCAACUUUCAUACCUUUUCACAAUGUGUCUUUUGGGGCUAUGGUAUUAAAAACAAAAUAAUUCCAAGAAAAAUGUUUAUGCCUGUUCUGGAACACUGCAUGUUGCAAAUACUAAUUUAGCAAAGAAGUGAAACGAGUUAAUAUUUGGCCAGUAAUACUGAUCUGUGUUACCCAAAAAAUUACUGGAUGCAAACUUACGUAAAUCCGAGAUUCACUGCCAGUAACAUACAAAUGUAACUAAACACUUUUAUUAAAUUCAGAGCAAGAAAAUCAAGAUCAUUUUGUGAAAAUUAUUUGAUAUAAAUAUUCUUUAACAUAAGGGGAAGAGAGAGUAGCUCAAUUUAAAUUUACGUAAUUGAAGAAAAAAAAUGAUCUCUGUUCUUAAUGCAGAUAAUCCUGGAAGAAAAGUUUUAGUUGCUCACCUUACAGAAUUGGGAGUAGUGACUAAGGUCUCUUUCCAUGACAUACCAGACUCAUUUUCAUUUAUAACUUGUAUGUCACAUACUUGCAUGUCAAAUCAUAAUCACAUUGGCAGUGUAUCACACCGUAAAAGUAAAGGAGGGCUCCUUAUCCUUAGCACUAUUCACGUUUUGGGUCGGGUAACUUUUUGUUGGAGACUGCCCUGUGCAUCGUAGGAUAUUUAGCAGCACCCCUUCUCUUUGCCCACUAGAUGCCAAUCAAAAUGUCUCCAGACACUGCCAAACUUACCCUGGUGGGCAGAAUUGCCCCCCUCUUGAGAACUGCUAGAGUAAAUCAAUCCAAAUGGCAGAAUCAUCUGAAGUCACUUUGUUACAGAUUUUGUUUAAUCUGUCACAGUUUCUGAAUUUGGUCCCUUCUCGGUGUUACUAAGUAUACCACUUUCUAAUUCGCCAUUACAUAGGACUGAGAUACUUUUUUUUAAUAAAGUUUUUUAACUAUAUUUUUUGAGAGAGAGAAAUAGCAAGCGGGGGAGGGGCAGAGAGAGAGGGAGACGAUCCUAAGCAGGUUCUGCACUGUCAGAAGAGACCCCGAUGCAGGGCUUGAGCUCGUGAACUGGGAUAUCAUGACCUGAGCUGAAAUGAAGAGUCAGAUGCUUAACCGACUGAGCCACCCAGGAGCGCCCCAGGACUGAGAUACUUUAAAAUAUAUUGUACUUCAUUAGUAAAGAUUUACACUCUGCAGAUUUCAAAUAGGCAAAUUUGUAACUAUUUCAAAGCCCUCAUAAACUUAAAAAAAGAAAUUAUUCAAUAGACCAGCCAAAUGGAAGAGGCUUUUAUUUGUAAAGAAAUGAACUUACAACUGGUCUACAAUAUAUUAUUGUAAUAUAAACAAUAUAAAUAAAUGAUCCUGUAGGCCCACUAACCUUCCAUCCAGACCCACAUGAGGCAAUGUUAACAACAAUAUUCUAUGUGAAAAUGUGCAGGUAACAAAGGUGCAAUUACAAGCAAGUUUAAGCAGCAGAGUAUAAGGUGCUUUAAUUUAACAGUUAAUGUUGCCAUCAACAAACAUUUGAAUGUUCAAUUUUACUUCACUGAAUACAGACACAACAAAUAUGAAAAUCUAAAAUUCAUACACAUGCUACUUGUUAAUAUGAAAGUGCUUUCUCUUUUAAAAAAAUACACCAAAUGGACAGUCUUUUUA